AAUAGUGAGAAAACACCUUAACGGGCAUAUUUAUUACAGCUACCAGUCAUCUGUUUAUAUUAGUUCAUAGUUUACAGCAGAUCUUACAAUAACAAAAAGGUGGUUACUCUUUAGUAUAGGGAACCAUUUUCAAUAUUAACUAGUUGCUUAUUAACAUGCCUAUUAUUAACAUAUUGACUUUUUAUUAGCACUUAUACUUCCUUACCAACUAUUAAUAAACAGCAAAUUAGGAGUUUUUUGAAGCAAAUGUCAUAGUAAAUGGUUUUUUAAUAGUGAGAAUUUAACCUUAAAGUAAAGUGGGACCAAAAAGGUUUAGAAGAAACAAUGCAUGUACUAGAUUAGUAAUACGUUUUAUAUUUGUUCUUGUUUGUGUGUUUGUUUGUUUUGAGUGUGUGUGACCUUUUUCCCAAAGCCAAAGUUUAUUUUAAUCCUUACCACAGGUACAGAUGCUAAAUAUGGUUGAAACCACACAGGGAAUGUUGCUGUACUGCUUUAUAUCACACACGCGCGCACACACUGAGAGAGCAAGCUGAUUAGAUGGGAAUGUUUGGAGCUGUUAGGGAGCUAAAUGUUGUCAGGACUGUGAGUGAGCGGGUAAAUGAUGAGAAGUGUGACAUAAACCAGCAGGUUGAUCUCAGCUGAGAAAACUAAAGGGAAGUUAAUAACCCUGCUGACAGAUGCUAGAACAGUCUCAUUUCUCUCCUUCCCUCGGUUAGUCCAUCUGUUGAACAUGCACUGAAAGUUCUGCCCUCAGAAACCAAGAUGGAUCUUUGUAGACUAAAGGAGAUCUUUUAUAGGAUCCAGAACUCUGUCCACCAGCUUCUGCUCUGGGUUCUGGUGCGCUUCACUGAUCUCACAGCUGGACUGCUGGCUCAUUUCUUGUUCCGACGCCAUUUUCACUUCCUCCUCUCUGUGCUGGUGAUGUUUGGACCUGUUCUGAGUCUCUGGGUCUCCAAGUACAGCAUAUUUGGCAACAAGAAUCACUACCUGUACAGGCUCUUCCUGCAUUCCUGCUGGGGCUGGAGCUGUAUCUUAUGUGGCUCUUUCAUCUUUCUUCUGUCAUACUGCAUCAGUAACUCGUUCAUUCACUCCGUCCGUCACCUCUCUCGACUCGCUGCGGCCGGGACGCUCUGGACACUGUGCCGCCGUCUCCUCUCCUUCCUAGUGGACGCCUCUGGAAGCUGUUUUGAGCCACUGCAAAGCCCCACAGACGUCCACAGGAACCCCAGGGAGCUCCUGGACUCCGAUACAGGCCCCUUAUUACUACUGAGAGAGAAACAGGGUAAAGCUGCCUGCCUUAAGGCCGGCCUACAGUGGCAGGGAUGUGAGGUGUCUGAUGACAUCCUCAUUCUGAGUUUAUGUUGCUUGAUUCUUGCUGAAGAAACAGGGGUUUUUAGGCCCUGCGUGGAUCUAGGAAAGCCUGUAGGGACGCCACUGAGGAUACUCUUCUUGUUGUGUGUAUUGUUGAUGAGUCUCUGGAUCUUCCUGAUCGUCUGCUUGCUAGCACACUUCCCGCUGUUCCCUUCCCAGCUGGUUGGAGGGGCUCUUGGGUAUCUGGGAUGGAAGGGUCUUUAUUAUAAGGGCUGGUGUGUUUUAAAGCCUGGCUGGUGCUGUGUUGGAAGAACAACAGCUUUGAUUUCAGAUAACACAUGUAAUACUGCAUCCAAUGGGACAUGAAUGUUAAAGAAAUGAGAAAUAGAAUAUGUAAAGAAUAUGUAAAAAGGUGUCAGAGACAAAAAAUAUACAUACCUUUUAAUUAGAUACACAAUUUCAGGUUCGACCGAAAUGUCUUUUUU